UCCAGCCUCCAGCCGGCCCCAAACUCCGAGUCUGUCUCCGCCCGGGCCGGGCUGCGCCUCUGGAGCUGGAGCGCGUCUCCGGGGACCCCGCGGGGACCCCCCAGCCCGCUCCACCCGUGGCUGCGGGACCCGGGGCCACCAGCCCCCCAAGAUCCCGCCCAGGUCUCGGACCCGAUCCAGCCAUGGCCGCGAAGCUGCUGUUCUUGCUGGGCUUGUUCUCGGGGUUGCACGCGCGGUCAAGAAAGGUGGAAGACGAAGAAUACGAGGAUUCCUCCUCGAACCAGAAGUGGGUCUUGGCCCCCAGAUCCCAGGACACUGAUGUGACACUUAUUCUGAACAAGUUACUCCGUGACUAUGACAAGAAGCUGCGGCCAGACAUUGGAAUAAAACCAACGGUGAUUGAUGUCGACAUCUACGUGAACAGUAUCGGGCCUGUGUCAUCCAUUAACAUGGAGUACCAAAUAGAUGUCUUCUUUGCUCAGACCUGGACAGACAGCCGCCUCCGAUUCAACAGCACCAUGAAAAUCCUCACUUUAAACAGCAACAUGGUGGGACUCAUAUGGAUUCCUGACACCAUCUUCCGCAACUCCAAAACUGCCGAGGCCCACUGGAUCACCACGCCCAACCAACUACUCCGCAUCUGGAAUGAUGGGAAAAUCCUUUAUACAUUAAGGCUCACCAUUAAUGCCGAGUGCCAGCUCCAACUACACAACUUCCCCAUGGAUGAGCACUCCUGCCCACUGGUGUUCUCCAGCUAUGGCUACCCGAAAGAAGAAAUGAUUUACAGAUGGAGAAAAAACUCUGUCGAGGCAGCAGACCAGAAAUCUUGGCGGCUUUACCAGUUCGACUUCAUGGGCCUGAGGAAUACCACAGAGACCAUGACCACGUCUGCAGGUGAUUAUGUGGUCAUGACGAUCUACUUUGAGUUGAGUCGAAGAAUGGGAUAUUUCACCAUCCAGACAUACAUUCCUUGCAUACUGACUGUGGUCUUGUCCUGGGUAUCGUUUUGGAUCAAAAAAGAUGCAACACCAGCAAGAACUGCUUUAGGCAUCACCACUGUGCUGACCAUGACCACACUCAGCACCAUCGCCAGGAAGUCACUGCCUCGUGUGUCCUAUGUGACGGCCAUGGACCUCUUCGUGACCGUGUGUUUCCUGUUUGUCUUCGCUGCCCUCAUGGAGUAUGCCACCCUCAACUACUACUCGAGUUGUCGAAAACCCACCACCACGAAAAAGAAAACAUCGCUAUUGCAUCCAGAACCUUCAAGAUGGAUCCCUGAGCGUAUAAGCCUCCAAACGCCUUCUAACUACUCUCUUUUGGACAUGAGACCCCCACCCCCUGCCAUGAUCACAUUGAACAAUUCCGUGUACUGGCAGGAAUUUGAAGAGGCCUGUGUCUAUGAGUGCCUGGAUGGCAAAGACUGUCAGAGCUUCUUCUGCUGCUAUGAAGAGUGCAAAUCCGGAUCAUGGAGAAAAGGCCGAAUUCACAUCGACAUCCUGGAAUUGGACUCAUAUUCCCGGGUGUUCUUCCCUACAACCUUCCUGCUCUUCAACUUGGUCUAUUGGGUCGGAUACUUAUAUCUCUAAAUUAUUGCUUUCACAGGGAUGUAUGAAGAGCACUAGAUCCCACCGACUACCCCCUCCCUUUGCCUCCAGCCCUCCCCAGAUCAGUAGUGACCAAUUGGAGUAGCUAGGAAGGACACUGCUCAACUGAUAGAAAACUAGCCCUUCCCUUCGAGUAGCCUGGGAAUCUGUGGCACAUGUUUCUAUCAUGUAUUUCACACACACACACACACACACACACGCAAACACACACACACACACGUUUCUUGAGUUGUCAGUGAUUUUUCUUGCUAAUCCCUUAUUGAAUCCGUAGUUCAGUGAUGUUUACAAAUGGUGUCUGGAUCUUUGGAACUAGCUGCUGAUUAUCCUGGCAAAGAAAUCUGUGCAAAGUACAAGCAUAUAUGUAAGAUGCUCUCUCAGGCCCAAACUCCUGUUGUAUGUUCCCUCAACACCAGUGCCCAGGUGUGCAAAACCCUAGCUGACCCUUAUUCAAACCUCUGUCCUACGUACCACAGGGCAGUGUGAUUUCUCAGCUGUGGACAGCAGUGAGUUUCAAUCCAGUCUCCCCUCUCUAUGCCUUGUUCUGCUCUGACACCAUCAUAGCAUUCUAAUCCAUAUUCCUUCAUCCUAGGCCUUGAGAAGAGUUGAACCUUCAUCAUCCACAAGUGCCCUACUGAGGGAAAAAUUCUGGUUUUCAAAAUUCACACAUUACCGAAAGGAACAAAGUUGAUUAGGUCUAAAAGAUCAAGAAGCUAUGACUUGAGUCUUAAAUGACUGACAGUUGGGAGAAUUUGCACUCUGGGUUCUUGAAGUAGAUGAUCUUGACUUCAACAUUGUAAUUUAGCAGAGAAGACUCAAUGCCAGGGCACGUGACUUGCUGAUAGUGUUAUAGAUUCUGUGAUUCUCUUAAUUUUGCAAAUAUGUAUACAGCAUUCACAAGCCUUUGUCUCGAAAAUGUAUUCAGAAUGUGAAAGAAAUGUAGAUAGAAUUUUUAAAUGUUCUUAGAGAAUAUCAAUUUUCAAAUCAAAUCAACUUUGGAUGCAAAAAUGGGUAAUGACUCUCAUCAAUGGUAUAUUUUGAUGAAGAAAAAUUAUUUUAUACUUUGAAAUAUGAAUACAUAGCAAAUCCCAAAGAAAAAUUCCCUGAAAUUAUUACUCUUUUGAUAUUUUUGUAACACAAAAUCAACUUGCUUCUUGAAGUCAGUUCUUUGUUAUAACUGGGUAACACUAUGUACGUCACAAAACUCUUCAGAAGCUUCCCACUGUGCAUAGGAAAAAAA